AUGUUUGCUCUAUUAAAUAGCCUUGUGCGUCCUGUAUUCAAUGCAGCCAAAGUCAGUUCAAUAACGUUACAACAACCAUCAAGUAUUCUUGUUAGAGGUUUGAUGAAGACUCAUAAAGGUGCUGCAAAGAGAUGGAGAAAAACUGCAUCUGGUUAUAAAAGAGCUAAAGCUGGUAAAAAUCAUGGUAAUGCCGGUUGGAGUAAACAAUACUUGAAAGGUUUAGGAGGAAAAACUGCCAAUGACAAAACACACACCAAGAGACUUAAAAGAUUACUGCCAUACCAUUAG